AUAUGGGAAUACCAGCUGCAGCUGUAAGCACAAGCUCCCCUUUCCCGGUCGGCAUUUGGCCCCCCGUCUCUGCCUCCUGAGCCGGAGCCCACCCGCCAACCGCAGACACCGCGAGCCCACCCCGCCGGCGCCCUUGUCCUUUCCCACAAAGCGCUAUACCGCCGUGCCUCGGUCUAUUACAUGACGAUACUAAGUCUGUUAUAGAGGCUUCGAGCAGCCAGACAUUAUGAAUAGCCAGCCGCUCCACCCCGGUAGCGGCUUCGACCGCGACCGUGACCUCGACGAGCAACGUCAUCGCACCCACCAUCAGGACGACCUCGCCAGACGCGAACGAGAGCGCGAACGCGAACGGGAUCGCGAUCGCGAGAGAGAGGAAGCUGAGCGCCAGCAUCGCGAGCCGUAUCCGCCCGCCACCGCUUCUGGGGCUCCCCACCACAGCACUGCUGGUUCGUUACCUAUCCAUCAGCCUGUCGCAUCUAGGAUUUCCAAUUCGAUCACUGGCCCCGGUGGCCUCCUCGCAAAUCACGGAAGCUCCGCGCCAUCGCUACCCAUCAGUGGUCCGUCCGCGCCCGCGCCCGGCUUCGGUGGGUCGCUGCACAGUGAAGCCGGCCGGCCUCAACAACAAGGCGCCCCGGCAGCCGCAGGGGGCGCUCAACACCAGAUCUUCGCGCCGAUGGCGCAUGCGCCAGGCGGCCCCAACGGUUCGACCAACUCCCUUGGCGGACCAGGCGGGCCCGGUGCCAUAUUUGGGGGCCCGCUUCAGCAGGAGAAUGGCCGGGGGAUGCCGCAGGACGGCGCUAGGGCCAUGCAGCAAUUGCCGUUCGGCUCCAGCAUGGGUCCCGGACAGGCCGCCCCAUCAGGACCCGGCGGAAUGCCCCAAGGGCAGCAGCCGAUACUCAACGAUGCGCUGAGUUAUCUCGACCAAGUCAAAGUCCAGUUCCACGAACAACCGGACGUUUACAACAGGUUCCUCGAUAUCAUGAAAGACUUCAAGAGCCAAACUAUCGACACACCUGGUGUGAUCAGCAGGGUUUCUGAACUCUUCGCCGGGCAUCCUAACUUGAUCCAAGGUUUCAACACCUUUCUGCCCCCUGGUUAUCGCAUAGAAUGCGGCUUGGAAAACAAUCCGAACAGCAUCCGCGUCACGACACCCUCAGGCUCCACGAUCCACUCGAUCGGCGCGGGACGGGCGACCCAACACGAAAUCGCACAGCCAGCGGGAGGGCCACCGCAAGGGUUCUUGAACACAAGGACGGGGUGGCAGCCGCCCUUGUCGCAUGGUGCAGAGAGUCCAGAAGCAACAUUCAGCGCACCAGCGCAGAACGGCCCUUCCGGCUUCCCCGGGUCGAACCAGGGUGCUCCGUUUGACGGCGCCAGCCCGGUUCAGCAGAGGUCGGUGCCCGCUACCCAAAACGGCACUCCUCUGAACCACGCUCCCGUUCCGCGAACCGCACAGACGCCCACGCCUACCGCCGGCCCGCCCAGUGCAAACGGGAGCACUGCCCAGCAAGCCAGUUUGGAGAAGCGCGGUCCUGUCGAGUUUAACCACGCCAUCAGCUAUGUCAACAAGAUAAAGAAUCGUUUCCAGGAUAAACCCGAAAUAUACAAGCAGUUCCUGGAAAUUCUCCAGACCUACCAACGCGAACAAAAGCCGAUCCAGGACGUCUACUCGCAGGUGACGAGCCUUUUCCACACGGCCCCCGACCUCCUCGAAGACUUCAAACAAUUUCUCCCCGAAUCUGCCGCGCAAGCCCGAUCGGCUGGCCAACGUGCCGAGGAGAGCAUGGCAAUACCGGUGUCUACACCGACGCCGCAACCGGGGCAUGCCGCACGCGACGGGCCCAAGAUGCCCCCGGUUGGCAAUUUUGCGCCACCGGCAAGCGCCAGCAAAGAGAACAAAAAACGUCGACCCGAAAAGGCAGUUCCGGGUGGGCCCCCGGCUUCCGAGCAGACUCAAAUGUCGGGCAUGCGUGGUACACUCCCUCCGGCCGCGGCGAAUAAGCGGGCGAAGCUAUCCCACAAGCCCAACGCUGCCGAAACCGCCUUCAUCGAGCCAACACUGACGCCGGUCCUGCCCGAGCCGCUGGCGCCCACGCCCCUCGCAACGUCGAUUCAGGACGACCUGGCCUUCUUCGAGAAGGUGAAGAAGCACAUCGGCAACCGGACGGCGACGACAGAAUUUCUCAAGCUCCUGAACCUUUGGAACCAAGGCCUGAUUACCACGGACGUCUUGAUUUUCAAAGCCAACCAAUUCAUGGGCGGCAAUCCCGAGCUCCUCGGCACCCUGAAGGGCAUGCUCAUCCAAGGUACCAUGGACGAGGCCAUAGAAAACCGCCCGGACCCGCCCACGGGCCGGGUUUCCCUCAGCAACUGUCGUGGGUUCGGCCCCAGCUACCGGUUGUUGCCAAAGCGGGAGCGCCUAAAGCCCUGCUCCGGCCGUGACGAGCUCUGCCAGUCGGUUCUCAAUGACGAAUGGGCGUCGCACCCGACUUGGGCCUCGGAAGAUUCCGGCUUCGUCGCCCAUCGCAAGAAUGGCUACGAGGAAAGCCUCCACCGGAUCGAGGAGGAGCGACACGAUUACGAUUUCUUCAUCGAAGCGAACCAGAAAUGCAUACAGCUCCUGGAGCCGAUCGCACAACAAAUGCUAUCGCUACCUGCCUCGGAGAGGCCCAACUUCAAGAUGCCGGCCGGUCUUGGCGGGCAGAGCACGUCGAUCUACAAGAGAGUUCUCAAAAAGAUCUACGGCGCCGAGAAGGGCUGUGAGGUGGCCAACGACAUGUUCAAGCACCCUUUUACGGUCGUCCCCGUCGUCAUGGCGCGUUUGAAGCAGAAGGAUGAGGAAUGGCGGUUUACUCAGCGGGAAUGGGAGAAGGUCUGGCAGAGCCAAACCGAAGUGAUGCACCUUAAGAGCCUGGAUCACAUGGGGAUCCAGGUCAAGACCAAUGACAAGCGCAGCCUGUCGGCGAAGCACCUCGUCGAUAUGAUCAAGACGAAGCACGAAGAGCAGCGCCGUAUCCGGGUCGCCAAGGGCAAGACUCCUCGCUACCAGUUCUCACAUCAGUUUUCGGACGAGGAGCUCGUCUUGGAUUUGCUCCGCUUCAUGGUCAUCUUUGCCAACGUUGGUGGCCAGCACAACGCGCAGGAGCGGAGGCGCAUCCUGGAGUUCUUCGAGUCGUUCAUCCCCCAGUUCUUCGAUCUUGCCGAGGACAAAGUGUCGGAAAAGCUAGCCGACAUUGACCAGGACUCGGCCGAAGAGGACGAGGAUGACACGGCCCCUACGGAGCUCACCAAUGGCCGUAGCCGCCGCAAUGGCAAAAAGUCGGAUCUCCUCCGCGGCGUUCUGGAUCCGAGCCGCAACGGCAGCCGCAGCCGUGGCCAGAAGGAGGACAGCGCGGCAUCCGGCAGCAAGGAGACCACGCCUGACGUGGGAUCCGCGGAGGAAGAGAUGCCGGACGCGCCGGAGGACUCGUCGGUACCGGAAGUAUCGAACGGACGCUGGUUACCCACGGUUCCCGGCCCUAUCAUCGUCGAGAAGGGCAAGGGCGGCAGAGGAUCCGAGCUCGUCGACGUGGAUGGCGAGCUCAAGGCGGACGCGCCGUUCCCGCGGGCGUGGUACAAUUUCUACUGCAACCAGAACAUCUACGUCUUCUUCACCGUCUUCCAGACGCUGUUCAAACGGCUCGAAAAUGUCAAGCUGAGCAAGGAUAGCGUGAUGGAGGAGAUCAAGCGCGAAAACGCCGAGAAGCCGGCCAAGACGUUGGGCCUCGUCCACGAGGGUCUGCACUACUUCGACAGCGAGGAUCCCGCGGCCUUCUGGCCGAAGACGAGGGACCUGAUUGAGGACUUCAUCACGGGCGAAAUCGAUGAGAACCGGUUCCAGGACGUGCUGCGGCAUUACUACCUUAGGAAGGGAUGGAAGCUCUACACGAUCCAGGAACUGCUCAAGACGCUGUGCCGGCUCGCGCUGAGCUGCAACAACCCUGAUACCAAGGGCGAGAAGACCAAGGAGCUUGUGAAGGCGUAUCUGGACAGCCGCCAGCAGACCGAGACGAGCUUCCAAAACGAGAUCAGCGCACGCAAGUUUGCUGAGAAGUGCAUCAAGGAUGGCGAGAUGUUUGUAAUUGCUUGGUACCCCGCCAAGAAGGAAUCGACAGUCCGGUGGUUGCAGAAGGACGAGACGACAUUCUACAUGGACGAGAUGGAGCGGGUUCAACAGUGGCAGUACUACAUCUCGUCGUACAUGCGCGUCGAGCACACCGAGGGCGUUGUUCGGUCGCGCCUGCAGAAAGUGCUCCUGGAGCGCAACCUGCCGUCGGACGCCUUCAGAGACUCGCCCGAUGAUGACUACAUGAACAAGCCGCUGGCCAUCCACGAAGGUUUGGUAGUUAGAAUCUGCCUGAACUCGUCCAAGAUGGUCUUCGAGAAGGGCACGGACGACUCCUUCGCCUACACGGACGGCCGGCGCGCCACGGCUGACGAGGCGCGCGAGUCCAAGGACAAGGAAUUGUUCCGGCGGGAAGUCCUCGGCGAGAAGCUCAAGGAGAAGAUGGUGACGAAUAAUGCGUGGAUGAAGGGGCUGAGCCACGAGGACGUGCAGAAGGCCAACAACGACUUCCAGAAGUGGAAAGAGACGGAGAUGCCGGCGACGGAGCCGGAGGACGCGGCCGAUGUUACCAUGGAGGGAUAAGUCGCUGGUGGUGGUAGUGGCUUUGGGGGGAGGUCUAAUAACUGGCUGGGUUCGGGUGCACCGGCGCAAACGGUACUAGGGCGUAGGCGCGGGUGGGUUGACAUGGGCAAACGGGUGGGAAGAACGAACGCACAGGGAGAUGGUCUCGGGGGGGGGC